GUUGAUUCGCGUGAGAUCCGUAUUUAUGGGUAUCCUAGAGUGAGACCGAGUUUAGGGAAGUGAAAGUAGUGUAUUGGCUUCGUGGAAAUGGGCAAUCAUGUGAUGAGAAGCCUCGACACCAGACAGGCUCUCCUUAUCUUCGACUGGGACGACCGCUGGACGACUCCCCUGACAACAAGCGAAAGUCUGCCUGCUUUUCAAUGACAGCUUACCUUUUCAGCAACGAGACUGAUAUUUUAAGACUUAAUUACAGACAAAAUUAGCAUGAUUGAUUUAAGUGUGAGCCUGUGUUACCGGAGGCGCGUAUGACUCGCCAGAGUGAAGUGCCCACGGAAGGCAACACCCCCGUUACUUCUGAAGAGGGUGACUCUGCAACAGGCAGCACGGAGCACUCGCGGGAAGGGGUUGGGGUUGGGUGUGAGGCCCAGGAGGGAAGGCAGGAGGUGGAGCCUGGUAUAGCAACAGUGGCGGGGGGAAGCACCAUGCUGGGGGGAGGGCGCCUCUGGGAAGUCCAGGGGCGCCUGGAGGCCCUAAGGAAACGACAUGACCAGUGGACAUGUUUCCUCUGUUGCCAUGUCCGUACAGGAACUAUAGUCAUUGGUUUCUGGCACAUGUUACUCCACCUCAUGGCUUUGUCUCUGAUUGCGGUUGUGGUGGUGCAUCCUGAAAUGCUCAGCCAGUCCGUUGGUCCUCUUAGCGGUCUUGGAGGCAGUGGAGACCAGCUGACUGUCAAUCCACACCAGCAAGAUGUGCAAGCUGUAAAAUGUGGGGCUGAAAUGCCAUGUAUUUUAGCCACACAGGGAGAUGACAAUUCUAACCAAGGAGGCUUCAGCCAAGGAAACUAUAACAAGGGGAGCCCCAACCAAGGAAAUCCUAACCAAGCAUCAAAUGACUUUUCUCUCUCCCUUGGGAACUUGCUCACCACACACAGACUCAAUACUGAUGAAGUCAAUGUUGCCCUGUUCAUCACUCUGUGUACAUUUGUUGUGACUCUUCUUCUUGUUUAUGGAGCUUUUAGAGGCCAGCCUUCCCAUCUCAUGCCAUUCUUCUUCUUGCAAGUUUUUGAUUUUUGCAUAUCAAGCAUGACAAUGAUUGGUUACUUGUCAUACUUGCCUAAUAUUCGGCAGAGGAUCCGUGAAACACCAGCCUUUCCCUUCCAGCAGCAGUUGUUGGCUAUGAAUACCAAAUGUUUAACUUUCUUUGUAAUGCUUAUUUUCAUUACAACACUCAUGGCUAAGGCGUACUGCAUUAGCAUCGUGUGGCGUUGUUACAAGUUCUUGAUGCUUAAGGCUCAAGCAGGACGAUCUGUGCUGCGAUAUAUGGGAGGAGUAUCUGGUCCAGUUGACCAGGAGAGUCAGACGCUAGUCAUGGGACAAGAUUUGCCAGAUUAUGAUACAGCUAUGGCCGAUCCUCAGUAUAGGAAGAAGCUUUCAGGGAUGUUCCCUGAACCUCCUCCAUCUUAUGAGAUGGCCAUGGCAACACUCUUUGCCCAACAGGAGAGUGGCCAGGAUCAUCUUGAUUCUGCUGAAGGUGCUUGUGGAGGAACACAGGUUAAUAUUCCCACCUCAAGUCAGUCCUUGACGAGCCAAGAUCAACCAAGCACUGCUUCUGCCGUAAACCACACUCCUGCCACAAGUCGUUCAACCGUCCCAGUUUCUGUUGUCAUCAUGCCCUCAGCCAAUGUUGUAACCAACACUCCUGCUGCUGAUUAGGUCCAAAAGUGAGGUUAACUCUCACACUGGACACGAUUUGGAUUGGCUGAUCUUUAAAAGAACUUGUGCUCUAAAAUGGAUAUAUGUUUUGUUUAAUUUCCAUAAAGCAUGCACAAUGAAUUUAAACAUGUAAUAUCCCAAAAGUCCUCUAUCUAGAAGUAUAUAAGAUCAGUUAUUUAGGUGAUCUUAACAUAUAAAUGUAUCUAAGCACACACAACAUAUGCACACUCAUGUACCUGUCUGAAAUGAAAGGUGCAGUUUUUAUUGUAGCACAGUAAAGCAGUAUAUCUAUACCUGAAAUCUUUAGCAUUCUGUUAGCAUUGAGGAUUCUCAUAUACUUCAGUUAACAGAUUUAUGCUGGAGGCGUCUUAAGUUGUGGUAUAGUGUAAUACUUGCAGAGUGAAUACAUGCAAUCAGUACCUUGGAGGUGUGAGUGAUUUAAUAGUUUGUGUCACAUAAUAUAGAUGCAAUAUAUGUGUGUGUGUGUGUGUGUGUGUGUGUGUGUGUGUGUGUGUGUGUGUGUGUGUGUGUGUGUGUGUGUGUGUGUGUGUGUGUGUGUGUGUGUGUGUG